CAUGUGAUUCAACACUAAACACAUACUGACUCGGCAGCAUUUACGGCAGUCAGUGAGAGACAAACCGAAAUAACGAGGGAAGUGUGGGAGGGAGUUUGCGUUUUAUUUUCAAUCGUGGUUCUGGGGAGGUUGGUAGGCAGAAGCCUCCAUAAACAUUUUACAUUUAUUUUUUUCUUCUUUAAAGCGUCGCAAAGGAGACCUUCGGCCUUAGUACAUUUUAAGCUACUGUGCAAUCUGUUUAGUCAUUUUGCUCUCAAGCAUCGCAACCUUUAACUUCUCAAGUCUGCAGGGGUGGAUAAGAAUGAGAGAGAAUGAGCCAGCGCGAUACUCUUGUGCAUCUGUUUGCUGGAGGAUGUGGGGGCACUGUUGGUGCAAUCAUCACAUGUCCAUUGGAAGUUGUAAAAACAAGACUGCAGUCUUCAUCUGUCACUCUUUACAUUUCGGAGGUUCAGCUUAGCACAGUAAAUGGACCAAGUGUUAACAGAGUGGCUAGGGUGUCUCCUGGACCACUUCACUGCCUAAAGCGAAUACUGGAAAAAGAAGGUCCUCGCUCACUUUUCAGAGGAUUGGGACCUAAUCUCAUUGGUGUGGCUCCUUCAAGAGCUAUAUAUUUUGCUGCUUACUCCAGUUCAAAAGAAAAAUUGAAUGCUAUUUUUGAGCCCGAUUCUACCCAGGUGCAUAUGGUAUCUGCUGGACUUGCAGGCUUUACUGCCAUUACAGCAACCAAUCCAAUCUGGUUAAUUAAGACUCGGUUACAGCUGGAUGCAAGAAGCCGAGGAGAGACUAGAAUGAGUGCCUUUGAAUGUAUCAGAAGAGUUUAUCAGUCAGAUGGAAUCAGAGGUUUCUACAGGGGCAUGUCUGCAUCCUAUGCUGGCAUUUCAGAGACUGUUGUCCAUUUUGUUAUAUAUGAAAGUAUUAAACGAAAACUACUAGAGUCUAAAACUGCGACUAACAUGGACAGUGAAGAUGAAUCUGUAAAAGAUGCUUCAGAUUUUGUUGGACUGAUGCUAGCUGCAGCCACUUCAAAGACCUGUGCCACAUCCAUAGCCUACCCACAUGAAGUUAUACGGACCAGGUUAAGGGAAGAGGGUACGAAGUACCGAUCAUUCUUCCAGACGCUAUCAAUGGUAAUUAAAGAGGAAGGUUAUCGAGCCCUUUACCGUGGUCUAACGACACAUUUGGUUAGACAGAUUCCAAAUACAGCUAUUAUGAUGUCUACAUAUGAGCUUGUAGUCUAUCUUCUGGAUGGAUAACAGCCAGUGUAGUGAUUGUGCACAAAGAGACCAAAGGAUGGAGUGGACCAGGAGAUUCCAAAUCUCAUUUGGCACCGGAAAGUAAACUGCAAGAAAUAUUAGUCAGCUGACGAAGAAUGAAGUUGACUGUCAAAGUGAAUGUCCAGCUUUCUGGUAGAGAAAAGCUUUUUCAAAGAAAAUGUUUAUAAUGGAGAAUGCUUUGAAACAAGGUUAUCCUUAAUAGCAAUCAUGUUUUCUAUUGAUAAAUUAAAGAAAGGUGCACUUCCUCUGUUCUAAUUCUUCAGUUUAUGUAAUUUAUUUGGGAUAAAAAAAAAUCAGAAACCUGUCUCCUGGCUUAGAAAAUGUUUGAUUUUUCAGAAGUAAAACUUUUUUUUUUUUUUUUUGUUUUAACCCUUGACAAAGUAAAGUAUAUCUGAUCAGGAGUUAAUGCUUUUAUGUCAAAUUUUACCCCAAUGUUAAAUAUGUUGAACAGACUGCGCAAUGUGUUUUUACAAUCAACACUGUUUUAUUCAUUCAUAGCACUGUGAAGCUUUAUUUACGUAACAAAUGCAUGCUAAUAUAAUAAUUGAAGUGUCUUUUCUGCAAAUGAAUGCAAGAACUUGUUCCUGGAAGAUGUCACUUUAGCUUGUACUAUUCUAUUGUUACUGAAUUAAAAAAAAAUUCAGGAGUUUUUAAGUGUUCUAUAAAUUAAGGCAAAGAAUUACUGAAUUUCAUGUAUAAUAGAAACAUGGUUUAAAAGUGGUUUCAAGCCAACCUUUAUGGUUUAAGGAGAAGUUUCGAUUUUAUUUCCUCUUUUUGGUCCCCAGUCACCAAACACCACCACCCCCGCCGCCAAUCCCAAAGGGAAAAAAAAAACCAUUUCCUAGCCAUAAUAACUUUGAAGCAUCCUUCCACCUAGUUGAUAUGUUACUCCUAACAUCUUUGUGCUUUUUUUUUUUUUUUUUUUUUUAGUGGGGGAUGUCUUAAUUUCAGUUGCUCAGUGAGUAAUUUCUAAUAUUUAUGAAGCACAUGAGUUAGUCUGUGGGAUUUAAGGAUCUAAGGCACUGUUUACUUACGUAUUUGACAAAGUUUAUUAUGUGUUAUUACACUUGAAUUUAAAUGCCAUUGCACAGUUCUUUUAAAUUAGUCUCAGACAGUAUGAAGUGUGCUUUCUGCUUAUCAGUGCUGUUGGACAUAGUUUUCAUAUAUAUAGACAAUUGCAAAUGUCAUUUGUGAACUUGUUUUCUUUAACAACAUAAUUCAGCACAAAAGAUAUGCAUACUGCUGGCUGCAAUAAGACUUUAUGAAUUAGAUUACAGUAUAUAUAUAACACAUUGGGGGAGGUUUGCAUAACUUGUGUGUGGAAAGCAAAUAUUUUUUAUUAAUUUAUAGUUUUUUGUAGAUUGUGUGUAAAGUUGAACUUGUUCAUGUCAUGUAAUAGUCAAACAUCAACCUGAAACCUGGGUGAUGGGUCCUAGACACUGUUUUAAGAUAUCCAGUAUACUUAAUCCCUGCAAAUUCAGUAUUUUGAUGUUUGUUUUUUUUUAAUACUACUUUUUUAUUUUUUCACCCAUUCCAAUUGUGUCCUCAUUAUAAAGCUGAUUAAUCAGAAAAUGUUACCAAAAUGAUAGUGGACGUAAAUAUUCAACUGAUUAUGUAGCUAGAAUGGUUUACUGUAUUUCCCAGUUUUAAGUUCUGGAUGUUGCAUAUCUACGUUUUAUGUGUAAAAUGAUGGAUAUUGAAAAUACAGUACUGGAAUUUUUCAUUUUAAAGGAAUGUUAAGUGUUGACAAUAGAAACAAUCUGUCUUCCAUGUGCCCCUUAUCCUAAAAUGCAGUACAUACAGCUUACUAAUGUCUGUCUAUGUAGGCUACUAAAGAGUCCUAUUACUUGAAUGUAAAUUGUGCAAAAACACUUGUGAAGUACAUGAAGGUAAAGUUCAACCGCCAUGUUGCAUGACUAGUACAUUGUACAAUUUUGAAUUUUCUGAAUUUAAAUUAGGUCACCCAGCACCCAGGCUAUAGCAGCAGAAUAUGUUUUCCAGUGAAAGGAGAGUUGUUUUCUGACCUUGUAUAAAUUUUUUUUUUUUUUUUUUUGUAGUGGCUCUUUUAGUAAGACUCCUUAAUGCACUUUGUGGCCUUUUAUAUACUGUGUAUAUUUGUGUGUUUUCUGGGUUUUAUGUCAAGCAAACAAUGUUUAGAAUAUUGUCCAAUUUAUGGUGUACAACUUCUGCAUAAUGUUACAGAUGUGUCCUUUUGUAUUAUGCAGUGGUAUAUUAAAAGAACUUUUAUGAUAGCACUUCAUAUCUUUUAAUACUGCUUCAGUGUCUUGUAAACCCCCAGUUACUGUUGGUACUGAAUUGAAAUUCCAUGUUGUCUUCAGCAGACUUUGUGCUAUCACUUUGAUUCCCCGAUCCCCUUUUUUGUUUUUGUUUUCAGCUUGUAUCCCAAAUUAAACCGUCAGUUCUAGUCUAUUUUUGUUGUCAGUGUUAAUCAUAGAACAAUUUUACAAGUUAUUUUAGUUGUAUGUAUAUGUAAAGCCUAUUAUAAUUGGUUGAAUUUUUGGAUAGUUCUUAAAAUGCAUUAAAAUCCAGAUAUGGCUUGCAAAAAUAUUUGCGAACCUUUUUAACAUUUUUCAAAUUUAUUAUUCAGACUUGGUUCUUUAAAGCCACACGUGUCUUGGGGGAUAUCCAUUCAUGUAUGAUGAAUGGUCAAUGUUUUAACUUGCCAGUCCGUAAAUAACUACUUAAUUGAUGAUGAUAGAAGAUACAGUGCUAUCACUUGGUACAGCAAGAUCCCUUUAAGAUUAAAUCCAGGACCACUGUACCAACCUCUUUGAAUUCACUUAAUGUCUUUUUUUUUUUAUAUAUAUAAUUUGAGAGUGUAUGUAUAGGACACAAGCUUGUUUGCAUUUAUAUAUAAAUAUAAAUAUAUAUAUAUCUGUGUGUUGUCAAGUCAAAUUGUGAAAAAUUGUUUAAUAAAACUGCUUUAAACAGUAUUGAAAAGGCAAUCAUUAUAAUUUGAAUUUUCUUAGAAGUUUGUACUUUUGCAGCAUUAUUACUUGAAAGUUGUAUAUGAUUUUUAUUCAACCAAAACACCCCAACAGCCCAUAACCACCCUCCGCCCACCCCCCAACACCCCAUUAACACUAAGCAGUUGUUAUGGUUACUUGUCACCUUGUUUACUGGCCAGCAGGUGGUGCCACAGUACUACUUAAGAGUUGAAUUUUUGGAAUGCUAGAUGACAAGUGACUACAAUUAUCUGUGGUUUUGUUAAAUCUUCAAAGGAUAUGUAUGGCCUCUUUAGUGUUCCACUAUGCAUUAGCAUUGUUUCUUAUAAAUAAAUAAGUGUUUGGGUA